AUGGAGGAAACAAACAUCGCUGGAAAUGAGGUUGCGACAUUGAAUGUGGCAAGGGCAGAUAAGAUUGUAAAUUAUAACUAUUACCUAGGCAGAAAGCCCACGACAGAAGAUGGCACAAUUCCAACAACUGAGACUGAUGCUUGUCAGAGUCGUCUUGGCGACGGUUAUCGAGGAAGCUUUCAACAAAAACGACAAUAUGAAAACGAAGCUUACGUUGUUCCAGAAGAAGUCAUAACUAAAUGUCCACAGUACACAGUUGUGCACGGAGGACAAUACGGUUUCGACUGUUUUCAAUGUGGUAGAUCACGAAAGUAUGCAUCGGAAUUCAAAAAAGUAGUCAACCAGAGAACAAGCAGAGAGUCUACUUGCAAGGUAACCGAAUCAUUCGCGGAACAAAAUCUUAACGAACCUGCAUGUGAGGUCAAUCCUCAAAUUGAGGAGCUGAAAAAAUUUUAUAUUGGAGAGAUGGAGCAAAAGAAAAAUCAAUACAGAAGGGGAACAAAUUUUGAUGUUACUUCGGAAGCCUCGUCUGAAGGAGAAUAUGUGUCACUCAAGGACAUGUAUAAGAGUUUCAACAAUAUUGAAAAUCGACAUGUUGUAUUAGUUGGACAUGCAGGUAGCGGUAAAACAGUAUUUACGAAGCGACUGAUUCAGUAUACACUCAAAGCAAGUGGGCUGUGCGAGAAAUGGUACAGGAAAUCAAUAAUAUUCCGAAAAGGAAGAUUUAAACUCAUUCACUUUAUAAACAUUCGUGACAUUCGCGUCUCAGGAUCUAUCAGUCCACGUGAACUGCUAUUCGAUAACAUCGUCACAGAUUUGAUGAGCGAUAAGAUAAAAGAACAUGGAUAUAAAUGGAUUUUGCACAAUCAGGAGAAAGUGAUAUUUUUCUUCGACGGUCUAGAUCAAGCCACAUGGUCUUUGCUUGGUAGUCAUCCAAAUAUAGAUCACAAUACAAGAGCUAGUACACCAACCGUAAUGUUCAACAUUAUCACUGGCCAUCUUUUCCCCAGGGUACAUAUCGUAUUGUCUUCCAGAGAGCACUGUAUAGCGCCUCUUACCGGCAAACUUCGUCCAUAGUCAAUCUAUGCCCUUGCAGGAUUGGCCCAAAAUGACGUAAAAAGGCUCUUCAUCUCGAUUCUAGGCGAAAUCGGCCAGGAACAGUGGGAUAAGAUGUGCACACAUUCCCCUGCUAUCAUAGCUCUCUGUUCCGCUCCUGCUUUUUUGAUUUUUACAGCGAUUGUUCAAA